AUGAAAUACCCGAUACCCGAAUCUUCACUUAUACCGCUUCCGGAAGGCCCUCCCCGUGAGCUUCCGCGGAUACAACAUGUUUUUACCAAGGACGAACUCGACAAGGCGCAUAACGAGACGCAGUUUCAACGGAGGGACGCCGUCAGGAAGGCCGCUCAGAAAUCAUGGAAGUCUUACCGAGCUUUCGCCUGGCGACGUGAUGAGCUCACCCCGGUGUCGCUGACUGGGAAAAAUAGCUUUGCCGGAUGGGGCGCUACCUUGGUGGACUCGCUAGACACUCUCUGGAUCAUGGGGCUGAGGGCGGAAUUCGAUGAAGCGGUGCGCGCGGUGGGAUCCAUCGACUGGAACAAGGCAUCGUCUUCUCAUUGCAGCUUGUUCGAGACAAAUAUCAGAUAUCUCGGCGGCCUGCUCUCAGCCUACGACUUGAGUGAUCAAGAGAUCCUCCUGAAGAAAGCGGUAGAGCUAGGCGACAUGCUCUUCGCAGGCUUCGACACUCCAAACCACCUACCAGCUAACUCUUUCAACUUCAGAAAUGCUAAGAAUGGCAAACUGAUGGCCUCUUCACGCCAAUCCCUUGCCGUCCUCGGCUCCAUGUCCAUGGAGUUCACCCGCCUCUCUCAGCUAACCGGCGAUCCCAAAUACUACACCGUCGUGGAGCAACUGAAAAGAGGGCUUGAAAAGACACAAGAUCAAACAAACCUCCCCGGUCUAUGGCCAAAGUACAUCGACCUGAUAGAAGGAACCCGGCCCACCUCCGACACUCUCUUCACUCUCGGCGCCCAAGCCGAUUCCGCCUACGAAUACCUCUCCAAGACCUACCUCCUCCUCGGCGGCCUUGAUCCUUCCUACGAAACGAUGCACACCAAAGCCAUGGACGCCGCUGCCAAGCACCUCUUGUUCCGCCCCAUGCUCCCUUCCGGAGACGAUGACGCCUUCGAAGCCGGGUCUCCUCCUCCAGACAUCUUGUUCUCCGGCAACGCCGUAUCCACCCAUCGCGACAAAUCCGCCCUCCAGCCGCGCGUCCAACACCUCGGUUGUUUUGCGGGCGGCAUGUUUGCGCUAGGCGGGAAGCUCUUCGACAGACCCGAACAUGUGCAAAUCGGCGAGCAACUAGCUCGGGGGUGCGCGUGGGCGUACGAAGCCUUUUCCACGGGUAUCAUGCCCGAGGUUUCCGAGGUUGUUCCAUGUGAAAACGCCCGCGAAAAGGACGGUCAUCAUCAGCAUCUCACCCAGCAAUGCCCCUGGAACGAAACCAAAUACCGAAUCGAGAAAAGGAAAGCCGCCGCUGCUCUCAGUCACCGCUUCACCUCAGACCCCAACCCCGACGACUCCGACCCUAGCACCAGCUCUGCCUCUCCCCAAAAGAAACCCCUCCCCCUUCCCAAACCCUUCACCAAAAUUUCCGACCCGCGCUACAUGCUCCGCCCGGAAGCCAUCGAGUCCCUCUUCAUCCUCUACCGCAUAACCGGCAAAAAGGACCUCCUCGACGUCGCCUGGCGCAUGUUUUCGGCCAUUAGCAAGGCCACCGAAACCAAGUUUGCGUUUUCGGCUAUUGCGAAUGUGCACACGGCGAAUCCCGGGCAGCCAACCGUAAAAAUGGAUUCGAUGGAGAGUUUCUGGUUGGCGGAAACUUUGAAAUAUUUUUAUCUGAUUUUUAGUCCUGAAGAGACGACAAUCAGCUUGGAUGAGUGGGUGUUUAAUACUGAGGCUCAUCCUUUUAGGAGGCCUGGGGUGGAGGGGGGUGUGAGAUGA